AAAAGAAAGAGAAUAUUAAAAAAAUAAAUAAAAGUUAAAAAAAAAUAAAAAAGUUAUAUGUUGAUAUGCAUCAGUACCCGGCAGUAGCGUAUAGUUGCCGCUAUUAUAUGCCUUGUCUAAAGCAGUUGGCAGCCUUCACUACUCUCAUCCCCCAUCAUUGUCAUCGUCAUUAUCCCCGUCCUCACUUAUCAACUCUCCCUCUAUCUCCUAAUUUUCAUCUUCCCGCUAACCUCAACCGUCUCCUCACGGGUAACUCUUUAUUUUACCGAAUGGAGCGAUUCUGGAGUGGUAGUAACAUCAACAAGAAUAAAGAAAUGGUAGAGCACCUGCGGCAUUAUGGAGUUAUUACAUCAAAGAAGACAGCUGAAGUAAUGGAAACUAUUGAUAGGGCUCUAUUUGUACCAGAUGGGACCCCACCUUAUGUUGAUAGCCCAAUGGCUAUAGGUUACAAUGCCACUAUUUCUGCACCUCAUAUGCAUGCAAUGUGCCUCCAAUUAUUGGAGGAGAAUUUGAAACCUGGCAUGCACGCUUUAGAUGUUGGUUCAGGAACUGGGUACUUGACAGCAUGCUUUGCAGUCAUGGUCGGACCACAAGGGCGUGCAGUAGGUGUGGAGCACAUUCCCGAGUUGGUGAAUUCAUCAAUCAAGAAUAUUGAAAAAAGUGCUGCGGCUCCAUUACUGAAAGACGGUUCUCUCGCAGUGCAUGUUGGUGAUGGAAGACAAGGCUGGCCGGAGUUUGCACCAUAUGAUGCUAUUCAUGUUGGAGCAGCAGCAGCGGAAAUCCCACAAGCACUUAUUGAUCAGUUGAAGCCUGGAGGCAGAAUGGUAAUUCCAGUUGGUAAUAUAUUCCAGGAUCUGAAGGUAAUAGAUAAGAACUCAGACGGUUCAAUUAGUGUUAGGAGUGAAACUUCUGUUCGUUAUGUUCCUCUGACCAGUCGAGAUGCCCAGUUGCAAGGCAGUUAAGGUUGAUUUGACCUUGACAUUAAGAUGACAGGCAAGUCUCUGGCCAAAGGAACAGUUUGGUCUUGUAAGGAUCAAUUAGAUCCAGGAGUUCGUCUCUUUAUAUACAUAUAUAUAGUAUGCUACUUCCACUCAAGUAUUUAUAAGCUGUCUUUUCACUUAUGUACCACUUGUGGCUUGUAAAUGAUCAUACUUAGUGUUAAUCUUGUUGAACCUGCAGACAAUAAAAUGCUAGCUUUUGCGCCCAAUACUAUUCCUAGUGGAUUGAAUUA